AUGACAAAUAGAAUUGAAGAGCUCUACAAAAUUUAUGAGAAUCUUACCAAAGAAAUGGAGCUUAAACUUAUAAAGGAGAAUGAUCAAAUUGAGUAUAAUGACUCUGAGGAAUUUGCCUGUACUAUAAAUAAUCCUAUAAGUAUUAAAACAAAAGGGCGAAAUUCCAAAAGAAUUAAAGGAUUCAAUGAUAAAGUAAGAAAAUGUGGAAUUUGUAACUCAAAAGGUCAUAACAUAUAUACUUGUCUAAGUUUAGCUGAAUCCUAUAAUUCAGAAGACAAUUCAGAAAAAAAUGAUUUAGAAGACAAUUCAGAAGAAAAUAAUUUAGAAGAAAUCAACAUUAAGUAUAAAUCUAUAAACAAUUUGAAUUUCAUAAGUAUGUCAAAGUUAUUAGAUUGGUGA